UUAGUUAUGCAAAAUGACAGUCGUGUUUAUUUCAAUUCAACUAGCUUUUUUGCGAAUACUCUUUUGUCGCAAGAGAAAUAUCACCUCGAUUUGGUAUUUACUACUGCCCUUACUUGUUCCAACACUUGCAGCACCAGGAAAAAGUGCAGUUAUUGAUGUCUUUAGAACGGAAAAGUUAAAUAGUCGUCCACAGCUGUCUGCCAGAUUCAAGACAGUUGAGUCAACAACAGCAACAGACUCGAAACAUGACAAUAUCAUUGCAAAAAAUAUUCGAGGAAAAUUUGCCGAUGUUGGAAAUGUUAAAGGAGCAGAAGGAAGGCUGCAUAUGUUGUCUUCUGACUGUAAUAGCAAUGAUGAGAACAGUUUUGCCAGACUACCAGAGAACUGGCUUGCGGUUUUCCAUCUGGGAGAACGUGGUGGAAGCUCAUCAAACAAUUGUCAUACAGAAUCCUUAUCCAUGAUGGACAGGAUGCAGAAAGCUUUAGUGUUUGGAGCUUCAGCCAUUAUCAUUCUGACAUUGAACCCAAAGAUUUUAAAGGAGUUUGAGGGUAAACAGAUGUUUUCUUGUCCUGUGAUUAUUGUGGAAGCUCUAGAGAAUGUCACUAACUUUGUUAGUAUUCUAAAAAGUAAAAUCAAGAUAAAGGCCAAGGUGUACCAAGCCCCGAAAUCAUCAUUUCCAACACUCACCUUGUGGGCCUCAUGUGGCAGACCAACCAAUGGCCACAGUUACCAUGAAUGGGAUGGAGUCAUUUGUAUGGGAACUGAAGAAGAGAUAAGUGGAAAGGCAGAACCUAUAAGCUUUUGGAAUUUUUUCUACUCUGGAACAUUUUUGAUAUUGAUGUUACUGGCUAUCAAGUCAAGAAGAAGAUUGCAAGAUGAAUGGGGAGAAGAUAAUGAGAUUGAGUCAGCUUUAAGGGAUUUGACUUUCAAGGCCCUAUCUUCUAUGAAGACAAAAAAAGUCAAGAAAAAUCAAGUCAGUCCUCAUGAUUUGUGUGCUAUUUGUUUGGAGUUGUUCAACAAAAAACAGAAAUUGAGAGUGCUUCCAUGCUCCCAUGAGUUUCACACAAAGUGUGUAGAUCCAUGGCUAGUAAAAAAUAGAACCUGUCCACUCUGUAAAUUCAACAUAGUCAAUGAAAUGACCAAAGAAAACAGUAUAUGAGGAGAUAUUUUAAGAUAAAUAUUUAUCAUGUUGCUUUUAACUAAAAUGGGUGCUACUGUAAUUUUGAUUUGCAGUUACAUGUAGCAUGCAAGAGUAUUGAUUAUAUAAAAUUCUUUGUUUAAUUGGUAUUAAAAAUUUAUAAGAGAAUGUUUACUCAAAUUUAGCAAUAUUGAAGAUCUGUGAUUUUUAUGGGGUUUAUAUUUAGGCAGUGAUCUACCACACAUUAUACAGUGCCAACAAUUCUUAAAUAUCAAUGAAAUAUAUGGAGAUAAUGAACAGUAUUCAAUCUCAAAAGUCCAUUAAACAAUACGAAAUAGGAGCAGAGCUAACACGGACCUCCAAAACAUCAGAGGUGGGAUUAGGUGCCAUGGAGGAGUGAGCAUCCCCUGCCAACCGGUCACACCCGCUGUGUGCUCCUUGUCAUGAUCUGGAAAUAACGGAAAAAUCCAUUGACAAAUCAGUGUGUAAAUAAUGGCUUAACAAUUAGUAUGAAAAAAGUCAGUCAGCAUUUGACUCAAUGAUAAAUUGUAUUUGCUGAGUGCUGACAAGGUCAUUGUAUCGACCAUAGAACUAACGCAAUGAUGACUUUAAAUGGGACAGCUGAUAUUCUUGUUUCAUCAACUUGUUUGUCAAUAAUUUACCUUGUUUUAGAAAUUGUACUUACAUAGAGCAUGCUCUUGCGUAUCGAAUCAACUGAGAGAUAUAUACCCCGUAUGCAGGUGAUGAAAGUAUAUUGUUGCAUAAGUAAGGGAAGUUGACGAUUGGAAAGUAAAAGUCAUCACGUUUAUCAUAAAGCUUGGUUUUUAGAUUACCAUUAACGUCUUUUUCAAGUAAAAUAUCCAAAUAUGAAACAGAUGUGUCAGACUCUGUGGUAUCUUUUCCAGGAUAUAUCAUAUCGACAUAAGAAUGGAAAUAACCAUUGUUAAUCGACAAUACGUCAUCGAUAUAUCUAAAUGUCGAGUUGAAGGCCAGAGCAAGUGUUUUCUUCUUUUCAUAUAUAAGAUUUUGGACAAAUUCUGCUUGAUAUGAAUACAAAAAAAGGUCUGCUAUUAAUGGGGCGCAAUUGGUUCCCAUGGGAAUUCCAGUAGAUUGUUGGAAGACCUGGUCUCCAAAAACCACAAAGAUAUUGUCAAUCAGAAAUUCAAGCAUCUUUUUAAUGUCAACUUCAGAGUACUUGUGUGUGCAAUCAGAAUGUUUUUUAACAGAAUAAUUUUGCAAAUGACCAAUGACAAGGUAAGAAAAUAUAAAUCAGAUCUGUACACAUUCAGCAUUUGUACUCGAAGAUCAAGUGAUUACAGUAAAAUGUGGUUAUAACGAACAUGCUUAUAAUGAAUUCAUGCUUACAGCAAAUGAUUUUCAAUUCCUGUAGUUUUAAAAUGUUAUAUAAGAUUGAAAGAAUUAUGGAUUACUUUUGUAAUGAAUUAAAAUUGUUCACUCCUGACACUUUGCUAUAAGUGUUGUUUUAAGAUUGGGGUUUCAGCAUAAAUCCCCCACAAGUGCUCCAUAUCUGGCAUUUCUUACUGAAAUGUGCUUUCAUUUAUGACUAAUUCAACAAUAGCUUGGAUAACUGUAAAACGAUAUUGAACUUGUGAAAAGGAUGAAGUGAAAUGACUUUUGAUGAAGAAUAUCUCACUCACUCUCUCUCUCUCUCUCUCUCUCUCUCUCUCUCUCUCUGUGUGUGUGUGUGUGUGUGUGUGUGUGUGAAAUAAUUGGUUUUGUCAAAGCAAUCAAACUGAAAAUAUCUAUUAGGGAUGGCUAUA